CGGACCUGCGAGUUAUCAUUGAAUGAUUUGCAAAAGACGAUAAUUAUAGAUAAUUUCCAAACACGAAAUGCUUUAGUGAAUCAACAAUGUUUGUUAGAUGAGGAUCUCAAAAUAAGUGUGCUUGUUUCUGUUUGAAAAAUGAAUUUGAUUGCGACAACAUUAUUUGUUGCCCUCCUGGCGGGGUCUAUAGAAACAGCAAACAUCUUGGGAUUUUUGCCCCUGCCCAGCAAAAGUCACCACGUCAUGUUCGAAAGGAUUUUUAAGGAAUUGGCGAGAAGAGGACACGAUGUGGACUUUGUCAGUCACUUUCCUUUAAAAAAUCCUCCAAAAGGAUAUAAUGAUUUAAGUCUGGAAGGGUCGCUUAAAAUUUUUGUCAACAAUUUAACAAUAGAUGCGGUUCGAUUCACUUCCCAUUUGGAUACGUUGAAUUUCAUGUUGCACGAUUGUGGAACAGAAGUUUGCAAAGUGAUUUUCCAAACGGACGUCCUCAAAAAACUGAAAACAACUAAAAAGAAAUACGACGUCAUUAUAGCAGAAAUUUUCGGUUCCGAUUGCGUUUUGGGAUUUGCCGAUCUAUUCAAAAUUCCCAUUAUCGGUGUAACUAGCAGCGUUAAUCUUCCUUGGGGUUCGGAUAGAUUUGCUAAUCCGGAUAAUCCUUCCUAUAUACCGAAUUAUUUCACCGAGUUUUCGCCCAGGAUGAAUUUGUGGGAGAGGAUGUGGAACACCGUUUUACUACUCAUCGCCAAAACACAAUUUUAUUGGACUAAUUAUCAACAAACAAAACUGGCGAGAGAAUUUUUUGGGCCGCAACUGCCGGACUUAAACGAUUUAGUUUACAACACAAGUUUGUUGUUGGUGAACAGUCAUUUUAGCAUGAACCAAGCUAGACCAACAGUUCCUGGUUUCGUGGAAGUCGGUGGAGUUCACAUCAACGAUCCACAACCACUAAAUAAACAUUUUCAAGAUUUAUUAACGACGGACACUGAAGGAAUCAUUUAUUUGUCGAUGGGAUCGAUGGUUAAGACAGAAUCUUUUCCUGUACAUAAAACACAAGCAAUUUUCGACGCACUAGAAGAGUUACCUUUUAAAGUCGUUUGGAAGGCCAACUUCGAGGAAUUUCCUAAAGAAUUAAGAUUCCCAAAAAACAUUCAUUUUGAAAAAUGGAUGCCUCAGCUUGACAUCUUGUGUUCCCCAAACGUUAAACUUUUUAUAAGCCACGGUGGCUUGAUGGGCAGUCAAGAAGCGAUGUAUUGUGGCGUCCCGAGAUUAGGAAUCCCGAUUUUUGCGGAUCAAGAACUAAACAUUAAACAAGCAGAAAAUAUGGGGCAAGCCAUUAAAGUCGAUUUCGAAGAAAUCAGCAAGGAAAAAAUUCUAAACGCCGCCAAAGAACUACUCUACAAUCCCGUGUAUACAGAAAAAGUGAAAGAAUUUUCAGACGUUUUCAAAGACAGGCCAUCAACACCUUUAGAAACGUCGAUGUACUGGAUCGAAUACGUGAUAAGACACAAAGGAGGACAUCAUUUAAAGAGUGUUGCUACUGAACUUUAUUGGUACCAGUACUAUCUCCUUGAUGUUGGCUUCAUUUUACUAGCUGCAUUUGUUCUUAGUCUCUAUUUAUUAAUUAAAAUUCCUAGACGUUUGAUGUUUCGUUAAAAAAUAAAGAGGAAGAUGAAACAAGAAUUGGUGUAACGAAUUUUAUGUAAUUAUUUUAUUUUGUAGACAAUUAAAUAAAUGAGAAUUAACAGUAUUUAAUAAAUUUUAUAGAAUAAUAA